AUGUUUGCGGCACUCUUCCUGGCAUCUAUCGGCAUGGUGAUGCACCCCAUGUUCCUCUGGCAGCACAAGGACAUUCUGCUGCUCGCCCUUGCUGUCGUCUUCCUGGGGAAAACGCUGCUCGUUGCUCUCGUGGUAAGAGAGGGAGUGGGUGGGGAUGGUAAGGGAGAGAAUGGGGGCGGGGGCACAGCACAGGGUGGGUUUGCCCGUGGUGAUGCACCCCAUGUCCGGGGCCUUGGAUACAGUGCUGACACGGCAGUAGUGGUCCGCGGCUUUGGCUACAGUGCGGGCACGGCAGCAGCAGUGGGCAUAGCACUGGCCCAAAUCGGGGAGUUCUCCUUUGUGCUGCUGUCGCGAGCGCAAACCCUGAAGCUGGUCGGGCACAAGCUGUACCUGCUGCUCAUGGGCACCACCGCGCUCUCCCUCGUCCUCACGCCCUUCGCCUUCAAGCUCGUGCCGCGCCUCGCUGCCAUUGGCGCCCACCAGGACCGCGCUCGGCUGAUGCUGAAGAAUAAGAGGUAUGGUGCGUUGGGGGGUUUGCUGAACGGGGUUGCUGGGGUGCUCUCUCCUCGCUCUGCUGCUGCUGCUGCCGCCGCCACUGCUGCUGCUGCUGCCGCUGCUGCUGCUGCUGCUGCUGCUGCUGCUGGGGAAACACAGCCCACCCGCACCAUUAUCCUGUGCAGCAUUACGGCACAGCAACAGCAGCCCACGAUUCCUUGA